AUGGGUUUAAAGCUUGAACAAUUGAUGCAUAUGAAUCGAUCUAAAUAUUGCAUUGAUUAUUCUGGGAUCAAGUUGGAUUUAAACAGAAAUGUAGAGAACCACAACGAUGCUCGGCCCAAUUGCAAGUCGCCGUUGCGUGCCCCACUUCCUUGCUUUAUCGUGUCCAUCCACGGCUGCGCCAGCGCCGCGUCGCGCCGUGGCUGUGCCUAUCCUCUCCUCGGCCCUGGCACCUCCACGGCGACCCCACCACCCCCACCUCCCCUCAGCCGUUCCCAAAUCGCCCUUCCGCUGAAACGGGAGCACCGCCGCGGCGCCCCCAAACUCCAACCCUCCCCUGAACCCUACCUCCUCCCUCCCCACCCCACGCCAUGGGCCCUCUCCCGCCGCCUCCUCCCGCUCUUCCUCCGCCGCGGCGCCCCCGCCGCCCGCGCGCUCUCCACGGCCGCCGCGCCCGCGGCGGCGUUCCCCUCGGAGGAUGAAGAGGAGUCCGUCACCGUCAAGGGCGUGCGCAUUUCGGGCCGCCCGCUCUACAUGGACAUGCAGGCGACGACCCCCGUGGACCCGCGCGUGCUCGACGCCAUGCUCCCCUUCAACCUCUCCCGCUACGGGAACCCGCACUCCCGCACCCACCUCUACGGCUGGGAGUCCGACGCCGCCGUCGAGGAGGCCCGCGCCCGCGUCGCCUCCCUCGUCGGCGCCGACCCGCGUGAGAUCUUCUUCACCUCCGGCGCCACCGAGUGCAACAACAUCGCCGUCAAGGGCGUUAUGCGCUUCUACCGCGACCGCCGCCGCCACGUCAUCACCACGCAGACCGAGCACAAGUGCGUCCUCGACUCCUGCCGCUACCUGCAGCAGGAGGGGUUCGAGGUCACCUACCUCCCCGUCCGCAGCGACGGGCUCGUCGACCUCGCGCAGCUCGAGGACGCCAUCCGCCCCGACACGGGGCUCGUCUCCGUCAUGGCCGUCAACAACGAGAUCGGCGUCGUGCAGCCGCUCGAGGAGAUUGGGCGCAUCUGCAAGGAGAAAGGCGUGCCGUUCCACACCGAUGCCGCCCAGGCGCUGGGGAAGAUCCCGAUUGAUGUGAACAGGAUGGGGAUUGGGCUCAUGUCUCUCUCGGGGCACAAGAUUUACGGCCCCAAGGGCGUGGGGGCGCUCUACCUUCGCCGGCGUCCGCGUAUCAGGGUGGAGCCGCAGAUGAGUGGUGGUGGGCAGGAGCGUGGCAUACGCAGUGGCACGGUGCCUACACCGCUUGUUGUUGGAUUUGGUGCUGCCUGUGAGAUUGCGGCUCAGGAGAUGGAUUACGACCAUAGGUGGGUCAAUGCUCUGCAGCAGAGGCUGCUCGAUGGCAUCCGUGCUCAAGUCGAUGAGGUUGUCAUCAAUGGAAGCAUGGAGCACCGUUACCCAGGCAACCUCAACUUGUCAUUUGCAUAUGUGGAGGGGGAGAGCUUGCUGAUGGGGCUGAAGGAGGUGGCUGUGUCGAGCGGUAGUGCCUGCACUAGUGCCAGCUUGGAGCCCUCAUACGUGCUGCGGGCUCUCGGGGUGGAGGAGGACAUGGCGCACACCUCAAUUCGAUUUGGUAUUGGCCGCUUUACCACUGAGGAAGAGGUUGACAGAGCAAUUGAGCUCACUGUGCGUCAGGUCAAAAAACUCCGUGAUAUGAGCCCACUCUAUGAGCUGGCCAAGGCUGGUAUUGACCUCAAGAGCAUUGAGUGGUCUCAGCACUGACACAGUUUUCAUGACAAUCAGUCACCUGAAAGUGCUGUAGAUGUACACGACGGAUCGCUUAUGUAGGCUUAAUGUAUGGUACGGUGAAGAUAUUCCAGUUGGUGGAAUCAUUUCGUACCUCUGUUUAGACUAUUACAUGAUUCACAUCAUGUUAUACAGGAACAAUCCAUCGUUUGGCUCUCAGACGGGCUGAGAUGUAUUCUGGAGGGUUAGCUAUGUUUUCUGUAAGGUAGAGUAUCUUGACACAAAAUAAGGAUACUUCAAAUACUUGGUAAUGUAUCAUCUGAAAUACAGUUUGAAGUUGUGAGAAGUGACCGUGCUGUAAAUAUAUUUUGGUGCUGAUAUAAAUUGCUGUUAUUUCCUCCAA